UUUCAAGGGGAGGAGGGAAGGUCGUGUGGGUUGCGGGGCUGGAAGAAAGAGCAGUAUCAUCAUCAAAGCUCUCCCAGCCUCAGACCGACAGACUAGGACUCAUAGCUUCAUCCACGAUUGUCAAUCAUUGUCUCGAGCUCCUCCCCUCCCGAACCCGACCAAUGCUUGACUGCGGACUGGUGAGGGGAGACGUAUUGGGGUCACAGCAGCUGAGAUACCGGGAAGUAGAAGGAGGUUGGAGGCUGGGGAAUCUCUGGGUUGACCCUGCCCGCGACCCUGGUUGGUUUUUGCCGCACCUGAGCUUGCCAGCAGUUAUGUGAGAGGCUGCAGGAGGAAUGGGAGCUGGGGACCCCCCUGAGGCAGCGGCGUCUGCAACGGCUGCUCUAGGUGAAAUCCUGUUAUCUUAAGGGGCCACCUGAGAGGGAUGGUACCAAAAGGAAGAAGCAUAAUCUCCCUACAGUUUUGUCCAAGGAUGUCUCAGCUGCUUUCUCACUCCAGAACUUCCUUCAGAACCUGGGGCUUCUUUACCCUGGAAUAUCCAUCCUUCCCCUGAGGCCUUCUCACCCUUGAGCAUCUCUCUGUCAUGCUGGCCCUCUUCUCCCAUUGGUGAGUUCCUCCCAGGGUCUCCAUUUUGGAGAGGAGCCCAGGCCAGCCAGUUCCCACACCCUUGGUGGCAGUGCUUUUGACUUUUUGGAAUUCAGCAUCAUGCCUGUGAACAGGAGUUCUGUGACUGACAUGUGCUAUUUAAAUCUACUCUAGUUCCCCAUUAACACAAGGAAUUCUAAAUGUGCUAACAGAGAGAAGCAACGUGAAGUUUGUUUGUAAUCCUGAGAAACAAUGACACUGACCUCUGUGGAACAAAGGCAGCAUUGUGUCCACCAUGACUGAUGGAGACACAAGCAGACAAUGUGGACGAAUUUCUGCAAACCAUGGUUUUUCUGCUGUCUUCUGGCAGCAUUGACCAUUGUGCUACUAGUCCUCAAUGUUAAUCAGUUAGAGCACUUGGAUCAUGAAAGUGUUUCAGCUACCAUCCUUGAUAGUAGUGGGCAGGAUAUUUCCUCUCAAGCAACAGGAGUUAGCAGAAAGCCCUACUGUGGUUAUGAACAUCAAACCUUGUCCAAGAGGGAGCGUUUGGAAGAGGACUCUUUAUUGGCAGCCUUGCAGAGCCAUGAGCCUUAUGCGGAUUUGGUCCCAUUUGUGAAGAGCACUGACCCCUCCUCUAGCUAUUUUGUGAUAUUGAACUCUGGAACAUUCUUCAAGGUGGGGAGCCAGCUUGAAGUGCUGGUUCAAGUACAAGAUUUCCAAGGAAAGCCCAAAAAGUAUGGUGGAGACUACUUACAGGCCAGAAUCCACUCACCCAAACUUCAAGCGGGUGCAGUAGGGAGAGUUGUAGACUACCAAAAUGGAUUCUACAAAGUUUUUUUUACUUUGCUUUGGCCAGGUAAGGUGACCGUGUCUAUAGUUCUGGUUCACCCCAGUGAAGCAAUUCAAGUCCUUCAGCAUCUGCAGGAGGUGAGGCCAGAUAGAGUUUAUUUUAAAAGUCUCUUCCGCUCAGGGAGGAUUUCAGAGACCACCAUUUGCAAUGUAUGUCUACCAGGAAACCUGCCUGUGUGUAACUUCACAGAUCUCUACACUGGAGAACCCUGGUUUUGCUUCCAACCAAAAAAACUCCCUUGUAGCAGCAGAAUCAACCAUUACAAAGGAGGGUACCUCAAGGGUCUUCUAACUACGGCAGAAAGUGCUUUUUUCCAAAGUGAUAUCAAUAUCAAAAUACCAAUUCGCUCCAGUGGACCUGAUUGGGUGACUGUGAUUCCCUUAGGAAUAAAAGAAGCAAAUGACCCUGAACCCUCUCAAAACUUGGAAAACUUCCCUUCUGGUUAUUAUUACAAAAACCAGUGGAAGCCUAGAAAGUUCAAGAUGCACCAGUUUAAUGAACCUGACAACAUUACAGAAUGCUUACAAGGGAAAAUGAUCUAUUUAUUUGGUGACUCUACCAUAAGGCAGUGGUUUGACUAUCUGAUCACAUUUGUUCCAGAUUUGGUGGAGUUUAACCUGGGCAGUCCUAAAAAUGUGGGCCCCUACCUCGCAGUGGAUUUGAAACACAACAUUUUGCUACGGUACCGCUGUCAUGGGCCUCCCAUCCGAUUCACAACUGUCUUAAGCAACGAGCUACACUAUGUGGCCAAUGAGCUGAACAGGAUUGUGGGAGGGAGGAGCACUGUGGUGGGCAUAGCCAUAUGGUCGCACUUCAGCACUUUCCCCUUAGAAGUUUACAUCCGGCGGCUGAGGAGCAUUCGCCGUGCAAUUAUCCGACUCCUGGACCGGAGCCCGAAGACAGUGGUAGUUAUCCGAACAGCCAAUGUCCAGGAACUGGGGCCUGAGGUUAGCCUUUUCAACAGCGACUGGUUCUCCUUUCAGCUUGACACCAUUUUAAGGAAGAUGUUCUCGGGGGUAGGCGUGUACUUAGUGGAUGCCUGGGAGAUGACACUCGCCCAUUACCUGCCUCACAAACUGCAUCCAGAUGUAGUAAUUGUCAAGAACCAGCUUGACAUGUUCUUAUCUUUUGUGUGUCCAUCGAAGACUUAGCUUUGCCCUUUUGGGAAUCCUUUUAGGGGGAUUGUUGGCAUUAAAUCUUGUGGAAAGUGUUUUGUACUUGUGUUCAUAUACUUUCUGGGUUUGUCUUGGCAGGUACAUUCCCAAGUAUUUUAUAUUGUCCACAGUUA